AUGAAUGAACCAGUGUUAGUUAGUACUGAAAUACCACAUAAUCUAGAAAUAAUCAAUGGAAAGAAUAUUUUCAAGAAAGAUAUCAAUGAAUUUAUUAUUCCUUCUUCAAUUACUAAAUUAGGUGAUCAUUGUUUUAAUAAAUGUUCAUCAUUAACAACAAUUAAUAUACCAUCAUCAGUUAGUAAAUUAGGAUAUCUAUGUUUUUAUGAAUGCACAUCAUUAAAAUCAAUUAACAUACCAUCAUCAAUUAUUAAAUUAGGAUAUUAUUGUUUUGAUGGAUGUUCAUCAUUAACAUCAAUUAAUAUUCCAUCGUCAAUUAGUGAAAUAGGAAAUGGAUGUUUUUCCAGAUGUUCAUCAUUAACAACAAUUAAUAUACCAUCAUCAAUUACAUCAUUUGGAAAAUCUUGUUUUUAUAAAUGUAGAAAUGCUGAAGAAUUAAAGAAAAAUAAAACAAUACCAAGAAAUUGUUUUAACAAAUGA